GGGGCGCUAGUCGGCGACUUCCGCCUCAAAUACCGGGUAGAGACAUCAGUCUCCCCCCUCCGUGGACUGAGUAAAGAACGAUUCGUUGACGGUUUACCAAACAAUAUGUCGGCUGGGCACUACUGCGCUGUCCCCGUCGGCAUUAUCGCGGUCACCUAGCUGAUCUCGCUCAAUCCUCUUCGCACGUUCCUGUUUAUUGUGCUACAACCUGUACGAUCCGGCGAAAGACAGCGUGGUAGCCGGCGGACCUUGAGGUCCACUCACAUGGUGCCGAAACCCCCCGGGAUCUUCUGAACGACGCCAACCUCAUCGAUUCGCGGUAUCGUGCUGCGAUACCUGUGCAUUUGGCGAAUGAUUCCCGGCUGCCAACUGACUCAUGGAACGGCUACUACGCUCGCAAUUGGACGACUUCCUCAAAGAAGCGGAAGGCAUUCUACGAGAGCACCAACAGCGAGCAACAUCACAGUGCCUCAAAGUCAUGAAGGGAGCCAAUGCACCGGGCUCCAGAGCUGCCCACCAGCAGAGUUCUAAGCACCAUAGAGGUGCCGCGCACCCUGGUGGCAGCGGCGGCCGCGGUGCGAAUCGCGGUGGCGGAGCCCAACGUGGAGAGAAUCUACCGCAUGGAGCAGGAAGAGGGGGUAGCUUCCAGAAACACAAGGGCGCAACGAGCACCGACCUUGGUGGAAGCAACAGUACCAACAGUCACCAGAAGCAACAAAACAAACAACAUGAUCAAGCCCGUGGUGGGCACGCAAGAGGUAGUCGAGGCCGCUUUCAAAGAGGCCGCUUUCCCUGGAGGGGACGAAACGGUGCGAAGGCAUAUCCGCCCAGCUAUAACAAAGGUCUACAAGGAAGCGGGGUGCCUAGUGCCGGACAGAAUUUGCUCUCUUUCAAGCGAGCACUGCGCCGUAUGACGGCCGAGGACGAAGCAUCCGUGGUGUCCGAGUCCGACAGCUGCGCGUUCAGUGUUUCUGACUUCGGCGACGCAAGGAGCGAAUACGGCUUCGACGACGGUCAGUUCUACGACGGUGAUGGCGGGGACUGCUCGGACGAGCAAGACGCGGGCGAAGGCGACUGCUCCUCACCGAAGGUGGACGAAUUCGAAGACCUCACGGAUGCCUUCUCGCCUGCCGGCAACAGGACGCCCGAUCCGUCAGGCAUCGGCGCAACGCGACAGCUUCUGGGUGCCCCAAAAGUCUUGGACUCGACGUCUCCGGUCGGUAUGAUUAGCGUCUUCUGGGACAUCGAGAACUGCGCGGUUCCCAACGGCGUUCCGGCGUACGACAUCGUGCGCAAGGUGCGCCAGACGUUUUAUGAGGGCCACCGGGAAGCAGACUUCCUUGUCGCUUGUGACAUCGCCCGCAUGAAGACCAAUGUCGUGGGAGAGCUUAGCGAGGCUCACGUGACGGUGGUCCACGUGCCGGGAGGUCAGAAGAACGCGGCUGACGAGAAGCUGCGCUCCGCGCUGCGGCGCUUCUCCGACGCUUACAAGCUGACCGGCUCGAAGGUCGUGCUCAUAUCGGGCGACGUGGACUUCGCGGCUGAGAUACACGAGAUCCGAUACAGGAACCUCAUCCACGUCGUGUUGAUCCACAACGACCAGGCAAAGCGGUCUCUUACGGACACUGCCAACCAGAGUAUCCGUUACGCGGAGUUUGUUGCGGACAUCGGGAAGUUAGAAACAGCGAAGGAAGUCAAGGCGUCCGCACCAACCGGACACCACAAGCCAUUAGCCAAGAAAUCACCUCUGGGGAGCGAAAAUAAUAGUGCCAGAGACACCGCUGGCGUGUAUCAGGCCAGCAAAGAAUCUGCGCUUUCUAGACAAAAGUUGCCGGUCAAGAAGUUGGCAGAUGCGCGUCAGAAAGAUAGCGCCCAAGUUACAGGUGGCGUUUCGGAUACAAAGUUGAAAAAAGCUCCCGUGCCAGCCGAUCGAGGCCUCCCUAAUAACGAAAAAGCAACAAAGACAGAAAACGUCAUGGUACCGGAGGCUAUCCCCACCAAGGUGGGACUGGUUGUUCGUCAACAGCCUCGGAACUUACAGCACUGGAAGAGCUUCCUGUCCAAACUGAACAUUCCACAAGAUUUCAGCCUCGAAAUUGGAACGGAUAAAGACGUCAUUUGCCUCGCUUACCCCAGCGCGGCCAAGGCCAAAAAAGCCAUAGCAACUCUACACAAGCAGGUAACUGGUGAAGGUGGUGUCGCCAAUUGCUUAGGAAUAUUGUCCGACAAGACUCCCAGAUGCGAGGCAGUGCGCACGCCGGAAGGGUCGCUUUUUUCGGAAAAACUACGAGACGCAAUGGCCUAUACCAGUACAUUAGUUACAAGUGUCAGAAAAAAGAUCGAUUCCCUGAAAGGUAACGAUCAAGGUGCAAGAGAAGAGCGUUUUGCACUGGAGAAGAUGGUCGAAUGCUAUGAGGCUCGGUUGAGAGAAUUCACCGCUAGCCUUAGUGAGCUCACGACAUCGUCCCAAGAGGCACACUCUAUUACGACGAGAGAAAUGGCACGCCUGUUCUGUGGCUCUCCACUUUAUAGCGUGAAAUCCAAGUUGUUCGAGGGCCUCGAGAAGCGAAAAGUCGUCUUCCUGGUGACUCCUCCAGGGUCUGGGUCGUGCCUCGAAGUGCCUUCGUACCUGCGAGAUCAAGGCUUCCGUGUGCUCAGCAUCCAACCCAGUGACCUCGCCGCCGAGCAGUGCGCUAAGCAUGCGGCAAACGUGAGCGGGAUAGGAGCGGUGGAGUGCUGGCGCUUUACCGGACAGCAGGUGAGCCCACAGUCCGCGGUUGUCUUCACCACUGCGCGUCGUUUCUUCCAUGAGUUCAUGCGCUGCGGGACAGCGUUAGCGGGCUUCCAGGCAAUUGUCGUUGAUGCUCUGCAAGAAGACAGCGCUUACCAGCGCGUCGCCCUGACAGUAUUGCGCAUGCACUUUUUGUCUCACGUUCGCCUCGUGCUGUGUGGCAGCGACAGCGACGCCUGCGCAUCUGUCCAGCAGGCGUUCUGCCUGGGUGACCAGGACAUACUGAAAUCCUUUGUUCAGUGCCCCGUGGACGUCAUCUGGAAAGAACGACCAACGAAUAUGAACGUAGUUGCCGCAAGUGUCGCCGCCACGCUCGAGUUCUGCCAGAAAUGCAGAUCCGGCGGAGACAUCGUAGUCUUCUUGCCCUCUCUGGCGGACGCGUUCCACGCAGAUGCACUGCUGGAGUACCGAAAGGGUGCAGGACAACUCGAGGGAACAGUUCGCCAUGAGGUUUUGUUUCCUGGAAACACGUCCCUGUCAACGCUCGGUUCGCCAUCGUUCAGGGGCUGGAGGAUAGUGUUCGCUGUGGAAUAUGCUGACGCUAUCGCUAGAAAGCUUCAAGUGCAGUGCGUCAUCGACAGCGGUCUAACACGCACUGUCGUUUACCGCAACGGUGUUUUAGUUGCCCAGCUUGCGUACAUCUCCGAAGCAGAAGCCGACGAACGGAAGGCUUUGGUCGGAAAUCGGCUGCACGGAACUUGCUAUCGCCUGUACAACCGAGAUGUGUUCGCUUCUUCGCCGUCAGUCGACGAAAAGAACUCACGGUUCAUUGAAGACAUCGUUCUUCGCCUUUCAGCACGACAGACCAGCAACACUCCCGCAUAUCUUGAAAAAAUCCCGAAAGGCUUUGUGAAAACUGCGAAGAAAGCGCUCGUAGAGAUCGGGGCGAUCGACUCAAACGGACGCCUUACAGAUUUGGGUGCAAAGCUUUGCGAAAACAGCCUGGAACCAAGACUAGGGAAAUUGAUACUGGGAUCACUUGACAGAGGUUCUUCGAUGAACGCUGUGCUGCUCUCCGUUCUAGCUUACGAGAACCUGCUCGCCGCUUAUAGGCCUCUGAACAAAGACGGCACAGAACGGGAAGCCCAGCGCCCCGAAGGAGACUGCGUCUUCUCCCGCAUCAUUGACCUCUACAAGAACUGGCUCGCUGUGCCCAAGAAAAUGAAAAGCACGUGGUGUGAGGUGAACGGCGUUAACGAGACCUUCAUCAGCCACCUUCACAGCACCACUCUAGCGACUCAAUCAGAGUUCGACGUCUUGAGGGGCAAGAACUUGAACACGGAUUCGGCAAAGCAAGAAAAUAACUUAACAGUCACAAUGGCCGAACUGCUCGCCGAAUCUUUUCCGCAAGGCUUGCUCCAGGCCUCAGAACGGGGCUUCAGCAGCCCUACAAUCGGAAACAACCUCCAGGUAUCACCGCUCUCGCUGCUUGGAACCCGGCCUACGCAAGUCAAAAGCGUCGUCUGCUGCCUGUUCUCUCUGAUUCCCGGCGCAAGAAAGCUGCAGCUCCUUAACUUUUCAUCGCUUCCGGAUAAAGAUGACAAUUCCAAGACUGAACCUGUCACAUCGCUGUCACCGUCAAAGCUCCCGCACAUUCAAAAAAGGUUCGGCCCUAUUGGAAAUCUCAUCUGGAACCAGCAGUUCAACACGCAGCGUGCGCUUCAGUCAAUUGAAGAAAAGCUGCGGAAAGAUGGCCAUUCCGAGGAAGGGUCGCUCGAACUGGAUGCGGCAGUUCAGUGCAUCGUCGUCAGAGGUUCCGAGGAAUACUGUAUCGAGGCUUUUCAGUACCUUCAGAGCAUCGUCACGGAUCAGGUAGCAAAGCUUGCCAGGAAGGACAGAGAGGCUCUCCUCACGCCACCCGACUCACCUUACAGUACACACCCCAUUCUGGCGGUCAUCGGCGUCGGAGGCCUACUGAAUGAAAUCCUGUCACCGACAAACUUCCGUACCAUCGUGGUCGGCGACAUUAAAAUCCCGCUUCCUGAUUUCCGAACGCUUGUCAACGAACUCGGAAAUAUCGUCCAAUACUGGUUUCUCAAAACGGACAAGGCCUUCCAGGUCACGUACAAGACGUCAAAGGAAGCCGACGACGCUUACGACUCCCUUUCCAAGCAGGACGGCGUCGUGGUAGUUUCCGUUAAGGGUCAGGCUCUAGCGUACCGCGAAGAGCAGAAGCACCGAAGACCCGCGUUCCACGCCCAGGUAUCGUUGCCACGACGCCGAUGCACGGGCAUUGCCUUUGCCGAGCUGCCAGACCAGGCAUCUUGGGACCGAAUCGCGGGGUCGCUGCCGCUACGUUUACAGCUCGACGACACCGCGAUAAUUUGCGAGCGGAACAAGAAUGCGCCUUGUCAGCUGUACGUGAAGGGUUUUUCACCGACGGUUGGCCAGGCGGCCGUGGAAAAGUUCCUUCGCUCCUCAUUGCCCGUAAGUCUGAAGAGCGUUCGCGUCAUCCACGAACCUUCUCUAGAGACAACCUCGAUGGAGCUCCGAGCGCUGGAAGAAGCUGUGCAGAGAAUUUUCGACAAGGAAGCUGGCCCCGGCACACCGAGGCUCAGCCUCAAGACACCGAAGAAUACAGACUAUGCUUUCAAAGGCUGGAUGUCGUUCGAAAACGUUGUCGUGGCACAGCGCGCGUGCGCUCUUCUCAAAGGGGCGCCAAUUUCAAUCCCUGCCUCUCAGGGUGGUCGUCCUGCGAUCACACUGCCGCUAACCGUUCACACCUUAGUCCAAGAAACUUUCUUCUUUCCCCGCCUUUUCUUCGCGGCCAUCCAAGGACGGGUCGAAGCCGAGCUCCGUCGCCAAGAAGCCCUGCGCCCCGAAGACAACCUCAAGUGCGAUGCGUCGCCCUGCGGCCCAGCGGUAGUUUGCGUCAGCCUGCGUGCCAACAACUUGAACGAUUUUCAGAAAGCCGUGCAGCUCUUCAAUAGGCUGAUGAUCACAGAGGCAGCACUCUUCGAAGAAUCGGUGCGGCCGGAGAAAGUAGCGGACGUCGUCAAGGCCGUCUCACCUGGGGGCGGCGUCUACAUGUUCCACAAAUACGGUGAAACUCGCCUGGUCGGAGACGAAGAACUCGUCGCCGCGGCCACGGAGGUGUUGAAGACGUGCACCAAGGCACAGGGCAAGCACAAGCGGAAGAAACUGGUCCUCGUCGGUGAAGAUUUCAGUGUGCUGAGAUCCUUUGUGGGCAAGUUCGGCCAUGACCCCUGGGAACUGGUGAAGGAGUGCAAACUGGACGCGGCACAGUUUGACGCAAACUUCGAGGCAGUUGAUGUCGUCGGGUUGGACGCAGCCAUUGGACGCGCUGAGCAGCUAGUGAGCGAGCUGCCGAGACGUCCUGUGGAAGCCGACUCAGUGUCCACUUCCCGUUCUGAACGCUGUCCGAUUUGCCAUGAGCCACCGCGCCGCCCUCAAGGGGACGAGGCUUCAGUGAAUGGGCACCGUCUCGAGCUGUGUGGGCACUGGCACUGUGGGUCGUGCCUGCUACUGGCCCUCAAACGAGCUCCCCUGCCCCUAGCAUGCUUUGAGGAGGACUGUGCAUCACCCUGGGCGAUGGCUGAUAUCGUCCACGUGGCUGGGAACGACCACAGACUACUGAGCGACCUCGCCCGAAGGUCGUUCGAGUCCUCAGUCGCAGCAGACGCAAUUGGUCGGUGGUGCCCCUGCCCCACCCCCGAGUGCCACUUUGCCCUGGACACCCACAGGGACACCGAGGCACAAGGCGUGCGUGUGUUGGGUGAUGUGCAUGUCUGCCCUGGAUGCACCAACGCCGUAUGUUUCCGGUGCCGCUCUCUCUACCACUACGGCAUGUCAUGCACUGCCUUCAGAGCCUCCAUGCUGCCUAACAGUGGUACUUCCGACAAGCCAUGGCUAGCCAAGGACCCUGGCAAGUGUCUGACAUGCCCCUCCUGCAAGACCUGCCUGGAACGCCACAGCGGUAGCAAGGUGGACGCCUGCUUGGCCUGCCGGCGUCUCUUCUGUUGGCACUGCCACCAGAGCUUCGAGGAUGAUGCGGAAGCUGCUAGGGGUCACCGCACACAAAGUUGCAUUGCAGCACAUUGAUGGAACAUUUGCAACAUGGUCAUUACAGGUGUUGAUAUGUGCGGUCUACAUGCCAAGACUGCUGCGCUAUUGCUGGCGCAGAGAAGUGUCGCUCAUGUUGGACAAACAGCACCAAAGCAGACAAACACUGAGUAAGAUACAGUUGCCGUCUGCUUUGAUGCUGUUUGUCCAAUAUGAAUGUUCACCAACUAGUACUAUCCCAAGUUUCCCUGUUACCACAGAAAAGCCAAAAAGAUGUGUUAAUGCCACAAGACUGUCAGGGCUUCUCAAUAUGGGUUUUUUACACUGGCCAAAGUUUUAUUGCUCAUGUUGUGCCAGACAACACAGUUUGUGAAAAGCUCCGACUUGCGCCGGAAGUGAAAUUGUGGAGAUCCAGUCAUAAGCUGUCACCAGCCUGUAUACCAGUACUUGUACUGGGGCAUCUAUACUAUAAUGUGUCUACGUGCUAAAAAGGUGGCGCCACUUGCAGGUGUUUUUGCUGACUUCCUUACUACUUUUGACAUUCUCUUUUGCGCUGAGCAACUGGUCGGUGAGAAAGACCAAAAUUAGUCAUCGGCUGGGCUCAAGCCUUUGUCUGGAAAGCUAAGCAAUGCCAAACAGUGAGUGCUUCGAAGCAGGAAGCAUCAGGAAAGAGAGAACAGUCCAACUUUUCAAGAUUAACGGAACUCUGGGAGAGAGAGAGAGAAAGGAAAGUCUGCUGAUAGCACUGUAACUGUCAAGCACGCGGCUGACACCUGAGCAUCGCUCAGCAGUGUGGGGAAAGGAGAAGAAAAUAAGGAAAGGUGACAGAGAUAGGAAGGAAUAAAGUGAAUCUACUCGCUUAAGCUGCUCUACAUACACUAAACAUGUCCAAGGCAUGAAUCCCACUACCUCGAGGACUUUAGGCAAGCUAUCAAUCCUGACCGAUCAAAGAAGUUGGCCAGACUACAAUGUGCCUUAUCUUGCACUCAGGCAAAUUUACACGGCCAGAGGAUGCAUCCUAAGUUGUUGAUGGAAAGGCCAAGUGUACAGUGUGCAGCAAAUAGGGCUUGAUGGGCUGGUGCGAACAUGAUGCUGCGAAACAGCAGACAUUUAAUCAUAUCAGUCUGCACGCACUGAUGGCACAAAUCUGGUGUGGCGAGACCAAUGCGGCCAUGGCGCACCCCAGUCCACAUGUAGCCGACACGGAGGCCGAGCAGCACCACAUGCUGCUCGACUGUGCACAAGGUUGGAGGAAUUCGCUCCCUGGAUGCAACACAAGGGUCCGUAUGUAGUGCGGUGGGACUGUCCAGAUGAACAGGCCUUCAGAGAAAGUGACUGAUCGCUAGGAACUUCAUGAACCGUAAGCUAUGUGCCGCUAGUAUUGCAGCUGCACAACAGCAGGUACUCCGCUUUCAUACUUGUCGUACUUCACUUUCUUUGGAGUACGACAUGUGUCAAAGCUGCCCAUCUGGGCAUAUCAGUGGGAAAAUCUGCAAAACAGCGUGAACCGGUGUGAAGGUUUAUAAAGAAGUGUAUUAAACUGAAGCAAAGAGGAUGUUUCAAUGCAAACUUUUUUUUUUCCGUCUGGGGAUCUAGGAAGAAAUGUAUUAACAUAAUUGGCUAUCUAUGUUCCUUUCUUUCCAUCUCUCCAAAGGUGAUACUCCAUUUCCAUGCACACACUAUAGAUUGUUUUUUGUUUAUAUUAAGAAGGUUUAUUUUUUUAUUCAGUGGUGAAUGCUUUAAUUUAGCUGAAGGCCCAAGUCCUGAGUGACAUAAAAAGCCAGUGCUAGAAAUUUUGGCAUUGAUUAUGCUGUUUUAAAACAAAUGACGCUACCAUGCUGUACAUUUCCUACUGCUAGUCUGUGCAUUUCUUAAUCCUGCUGUUGCUGUAGCAAUAAUAAUUUGGUCCGUCUAACAUAGUAGCGAACUAAAAACUACCGCGGCAGUUUCGACAGAAUGGCGCGAGACUGGUGCUUUCAAAGAAAGUGAGAGCACCCAUAUCAGAAGCAUCAUUAAACAGUUUACUUUUACCAAAGAUUAUGUGCUUUAAAACCUCAGGUGCAGGCAGAAAGAGACAGCAAAAUAACCCACAGCAUCCUUGCAAAGAUUCACGAGUAUCCUUGAUUGUACUAACCUCUCAUGAGCAAAAGCAAGACACUGGCCUCCCUUGUCAUAAGUGAAUUUGUUGAUAGUUAACAGGUGUCGCUGUUUCAAAAGGCUGAGUGCUCUUGGCCGCACAUUUUUCCAGUUGAAGGACCACAGCUGGUUUGACAACCACUUCUGUCAUUUUCUUAUUGCUGGCUCACACGCUGCCAUGCAUACGUGAAUCCUGAAUUAAUGUGCAGGAUAUCACAUGUUGUGCAACGGGGCCACCAGAAGGUGAUCCUAUAUGCUGUGCAGUUGCUUUGUCAUGACUGGAAUAACACAGUUCACAUUGCAGCGUGCACUGUUAUGACAUGUAAUGAUGGAAGGGUGAGCGCUCGAGUUGGUGCCUUACAGCAGGGAUUUCAUAAUGUCAGCGCUUUCAUAAUGGUGAUAGUAGUACUAUACAAACUGCAUUCUAAUGCAGUGCAGGGUUCUUGGCUGUUUACAAUCAACAGCCAUUAAAAUGAAAAACAAUGCACACAAUGUGAUGCUGAACACUUACACACUGAUUGUAUGCACUGUUCUUAGUUUUGACCUAUUUAAUAAACUAGGGUCGUGGUGCAUAACGAGGUUAACAAACGUUUGUGCCUACAUGUCGCCAGUGCGUCGCAAUCCGACAAUGGUACAGGACCAAUUAUUCUUUUUUUUCUCUUCUCUUCGUGUUUUGAUGUAGUGGUUCUGUAUCGCCAUAUUUCAAUAUGCUGUGUUUUGAAGACAGUGUUUUUAUUGUACUAUUUUUUUACAACAGCCGUGACUGCUUCACAUGUCACUGUGUGCUGCGUUAAAAAAAAAAAAAACUCGCAAAUACAACCACAUAGCCCCCUCUAUAAUGCUCUUUGAGAAAAUGCAGGAUUUCAUAAUAAAUAUGUAAUAAAUAAAUAAAUAAUGAUUCUCUCAGAUUGAAACACACUUAAAAUUUUGAAAGCCUUGUUUUGUCGCUGUUCCUAAAUUGUAACAUGGCAGCAUAUUGUCAUGUGAGAUAGCAGUUUUUAAAUGUUGUGCAAAUAAAAAAACACACGUCAAA